UGGUGGGGGAUCCUACAUCUGUGGAGGAUCCCUCAAGGAUGGAACUGACUUGCUUUCCGAACGGCAGAGAGCCUUGCAACUGUGACAUUAAUUGCCUUUGCCGCCACCCCGCUGAUGGUAUCUACCAUGUGCACCGCACCCGCCUCCCGGAGAACAUUACUGAAGCUCGAUUCUAUGGAUCGUUCGAAGGGAGACACCUGUUCCUCGCACUUGAAGGAACCAGUGGUCAUAGACUUCGAUCUUUGAGGACUGGUCUAGAUAUCUUGCUUCCAGAAGCUGUUCACAUCAUGGGGCUGCUAUCCCUUGUAUAAUGCUUGCAGCAACAGUGUCUGGUCCUCCGGAUGGCCUCAAUUGUGUUGGCGGAGCCAUUGUGCACUAUUAUUCAGAUGGGAGAGCAUAUAGGCGUGCCGCCUUUUGGCGUUUGGGCAGGACACAACCUAUGCUCACAAGAAGCCCAUUCCCGUUUCUGAAUGAGGAUUAUGAAGAUAUAAUGUGGCAUAAUGGUGCCUUCCACUUGCUGUUAAGUUCUGAGUGUGUCAAUGUUUUUGUCCUUCAGUUGACUGAGCAUGGAGAUGGCAUAAGCUUUGAGAAUGGCUUAAUAAUGAUGGUGGAUGCAAGGCAUUUCAACAAUGAGGUGAUUAUUGGAAGGUAUAUCCUUGUCUCAAGGGGUGAGUUGCUGCUGGUGUUGAGAAUUUCUGGUGAUAGCGAUUCGUUCCGGGUAUUCCAGUUGAAAGAACUUGACACACCUCGAGGUUUGACCACGCAUGAGUGGACAGAACUAGAGGACCUUGAUGAGAGGGUUCUGUUUGUCGGCAAAGGCUCUGGCAGGUCCUAUGAGAAGUCCGAGUUCCCUGGUUUUGGUGAGGGCGGAUUUCUAUUCUUUCUGGAUGAUGAAUAUCUCAAUGAUGUGCCGAGGAGUGUUGUCAUGAAUGGACCAUACCGGGGCCUCAUUACUGGUUGCUGGAGAAUAAGAAAGUCAACUCGCAGGGAUAUUGAAAUGGUAGACGGUCACUGGAAAGUGAAAGUGUUAUUCGACAAGUGCAUUGAAUAUGUGUUCUUAGACCAGUAUUAUGCCAGACACUCUCCUCCAGUAUGGUGCUUGCCAUAAGACUCUUCCCAGCAUUGGGGAACGAAGGUCCACGCAAGUCGCUGCUAGGUUCUUCUGUCCUGCUAUGAUAUACUCGAAAGAGGCAAUUGUAUAGAAGCCAUGUGUCUCGGUUCUUUUUUUUUUUUUUUGAGUUGUAACUAGACAUAGAAGUUCAAUUCUAAACUUGGCAGUUGAAGUCCCACUUUUGUGUUUCUGAUGAUACUAUCGGUCACUGCCCUAAUGUUUAUCUCUGUUUUCUUUUGAACUGUUGCUUCUGUGUAUGCAUGAUAAUCAGCCUCAUCAGUGUAUGAGUGAUAGUAUA